CCCGGCAGCGUUCUCACGCCAGGUGUUCCGACAGGACGUCGAGAGACGCGCCCACUCCGGCAGCAUCCUGGAGUUCAUUGGCAAGAUGCUGUCGGGGGAGGAGGAGGGGUUAGAGGACGACCCUGAGAGGGCAGAGGUCACCACCGGUGCCUUUACAGCCUCUGUCGCGGGCGCCGACGCCACRGCCCAGGUGGUCGACAUCAUUACCCAGCAGCCCCGUUCCUCACAGCAUGCUCUGCAGCCCGGCGAGUCCGUGGACCUCGGCGGCGCCUCCUCGGAACAAGGAACGACUGCCCUCGGGACCUCCGGAACCGUCUCCGGCGGCGAGGGAGGGGCGGGGACUCCCGAGUCGCCCAAUGACAACGCAGCGGAUGAGGACAUGCUCAGCCACAGCUCCAGCGGGGCUAACGUUACCCCGGAAACYGCCGACUACGCCACYCCGGAGAACGCGGAGAUGCCCGACGGGCCCCUGCUGGACCCCCUAGGAGACCCCUCGCUGCCCCCGAGCGCCGACUCAUCACAGACCACCACGGAGGGGCCGGACUCGGCCGUCACGCCUUCAGACGUCGCUGAACUC